AUGUUCAACCUCGCGAAGACCCUCACCGCAGGCCUGGCCCUCGUAGGCCUAGCCGCCAGCACGCCGGUAUCUCUCGACAAACGCCUGCCAGGCCGCGUCGUCCGCGCCGGCGACCCCGUCGUCAUCGACCCGACCGGCAACUACAUCCGUGUAAGCUUCAUGAACGACGGCACGCUCAUCGGCGGCUACGCGGCGAAAGAAGGCUCGACCAGCAUCCUCCGCGUCGUCCGCUCCACCGACGGCGCGCAGUCCUGGCAGCGCAUCGGCGAGGUCUUCCGCGGCGAGAGGGCGACGCACGACAUUGACAACGCCAUGCCGAUCCAGCUGCCGGGCGGCCGCAUCCUGUACGCCUACCGGAACCACGACCGCACGGGCGCCGAAGGGCACUACACCUACUUCCGCAUCUCCGUGUCGUACUCGGACGACGGCGGCGCGACGUUUAAGUAUCUGUCUACCGUCGAGGAGCACGUGCCCAACGGCGUCAACGGGCUGUGGGAGCCGUACCUGCGUCUGGCGAGGGAUGGCACGCUGCAGUGUUACUAUUCGGCCGAGAACUCGGCUGAUGACCAGGACAACUUUAUGAAAUACUCCAAGGACGGCGGUCAGACUUGGUCGGCCUGGAUUCCUGUCUCGGGCGGCGAUCGUUUGUCCCGUGACGGUAUGGUCGGUGUUGCGCCUAUUGGCAACGAAGGAGACUUAAUUGCCGUGUUCGAACACACCAGAGAAGGCAGGUUCAACGUCGAUUACGUCCUCUCCCACGACGACGGCUACACCUGGGGCGAGCGUGGCAGCCUCUACACGGCGCGCAACGGCCGCAUGUCGGGCGCGCCGCAGGUGUACAACGUAUGGGGCACGCUCGUCGCCAGCUUCAUGACCAACGAGGACGUUGAGGGUGCCGACGGCUACAACUUUGGUGAGAUGAAGGUCAUCACCAGUGUCGACCACGGUAAGACAUGGAGCGGCAGUGUCGUGACGGGACCCGCGCAGGCCCAUUGGCCUGGACUUUUCAACAGGGACCCGACGCAUUUCCUGGCGCUGUACUCAAGAGAGGGUGUCGGCGCUGUUAGUCAGUUGUAUGAGUUGGUGAACUAG